UGAAGGUCUUUCAGUGGCUGCUGGAGGUCGCUGAUUGGGCUACAAGCAGUGCUGAAGAGCGUUGAUUGGGCUGUACAGAGUGACAUCGUCCUCUUCCCUGCACGCCUCUGCAGCGCCUCAACCCCCUCUCCGCCCCUCAUUGGACCCCUCUCGUGCCCGCUGCUACUGCAUGUAAGCGCUGAACUUCCCAUCACCGACUCUCCAUUGGCGGCUGCACCCUCAUCCCGCACUCUUGCACCAAUUGCUGACCACCGCGGCGACCACAAAGAGCGCAGGCCAUGGGCAUUCAUAAUGGCGGCGGUGCCGGCCCUCCAGGAAGCCUCUUUCUCUUCCUCGGAUCUGGACUUGCUGCUUGGUUUGCUCUUCUCACUGCUACUGCUGUUCAAUGUCAAUGUGAAGCUUCAAUAUCACGACGACGUCGAUUGCGUCUGCACAGGAUCUCGCUCGCUCGCUCGCUGCUCACCUGUAUUGCAUCUACCCCUCUCAGCCUCGAACAAAGACAGGGUUGAUUGAGUGAUUGAGUGAUUGAACUUACCCGAGCUCUCCACACCAAAUCCCACGACACGAUGUUCAAAUUCCCACGGAUAGUGAUCUCCAGGCGGUGGAAGUGGCCGCGAGUGCUCAUCGCCUUGAUGGUAAUCGAGUUCGCCGGCACGAUAGCAGCCCUGGCCCUCUUUGGCAUCGCCCAACCGGAUCUCUUUCGUACCAAGCUCUGGCAGAUUGGUGCUGAUAAUGGCUGGAACUCGAGUCCGAAGACGAGAUUGUAUGCCUAUGCGAAUUAUAGACCGGUUCCUAACACGCCGUUUGUUUGGUCGAAAACAAUCACCGACUUCAAUGUCGCUAUCUCAGUACUUAGUACUUUUAUUCUGCUCGUCAAGGCAGUCAUGUUCGUAUUGCAUGUCUGGUAUCCAUUACUGAGCACGAUCACCAAUGCUGUUAUCGUUGCCCUGUGGUGCGUAAGCAUAUAUGGACAAAUGGGACCAGACCACUCGGACCCAAAACACUCGUCAGAUAUCGCUUGGUACAUCUCCAAGAGCUGUGAUGUGGCGAAACCAUCUGGUAACCAUCAUAACUGUGUUCUGGCUAAGUCCACUUUCGCGGUGACGGUUAUCAUGAUGGCCGUCUUCUUCUUCAAUUUCCUCCUCGGCGUGUGGUCCAUGAUCCCCUCGGCCGUGGAACGGGCAGCCGAUGGCGUUGAAGUCGACGACAUGCAGAUGACCAAAAGCUCACCUGUAUCCGACAACGGCUCUGCGGAAUGGGAGAUGAAGAACGUACCUAAGCAACCUGCUGUGCCGUACACGCCGAGGACGUUAGCCUUCAAUACUCUGGAUCGGCAAUUACCGUUGAGGUCACAGGAAGGGCCUAGAUGGGCGUGAUCUUAUUUGGUUGGGUUAUCGGAUUUGGAGCGGGGGAGUUGGGGAUCAUCUUGUUUGUGGCGAAACACUCCUCGACUAGGGGAAGGGAAUUUGGAUGGAGGCUUACGAGCCAUGUUACGAUAUGAUAUAACGACACUGGACACGAUCGGGUUGAAUACGAAAGGGUACAAAGAAGCCCAGCUAUCUAUCCUCCAGAAGUCUCUGCAGCAGACUAGAUCAGAUGUCUGAUCUGCUUCCUUUACUUAUUUAAUAUUUUUCCUACUGUACCUGGCUAGCCUGUUACUGUUUGGGGUGGUCUCAGGUCUGGUAUCUACCAUAUCUCUCAAGGAUAUUUUCUUGUGUAAAUAGCAUAUAAAUACAGCUCCUAGACGAGAUGGAUGAUCCAACAGACAAAAUUA